UUCUUCAUUCUCCUUUUACCUGUGUUUAUUUUAAGUAUAGAAAUUCUAUGUGAUUUCAUUGCAUUUCAUUGUUAUUGUUGUUGUAAAAUUUGUUGUUUACCUGGAUAUAUUGUUGUAUUUUCUGGACAAAAAUCGAAAAUAAAAUGUUACAAAAUUGAUCCUUUGACUUUAGUAAAAGUAAAGUGUUUGUGAACAAAUUAUUAACAAAAAGGAGUUGAGGAAUUAAAGAACAGUGGCAAACAGAGUCUAAAAAUCAUUUUGCCUAUAAACGUAGAAACAUGAAAAUCAACGAAAAAAAUUUGUGUGUUUUUGCCACUAGUCCACCAUACGACAAGGAGGGAUUUCUUUUAAAAAAGGGUGAGGUCAACAAGGCCUUCCAAAGACGAUACUUUGUGUUGAAAGGUAAUUUACUAUUUUACUUUGAGAAAAGAGGCGACAAGGAACCUUUGGGUUUGAUUAUAGUUGAAGGCUGUACUAUAGAACUUUCAGAAGAAAGUGAUCAAUAUUGUUUUGAAAUAGCUUUCAAUGGCAAUCGUACGUAUAUUUUAUCAGCGGAAUCACAAGAAAGUAUGGAAUCCUGGAUGAAAGCUUUAACAUGUGCUGGCUAUGAAUAUAAAAAACUUAUGGUGGCGGAAUUGCAAAGGCAACUAGAGGAAAUAGACAAUUCUCGCAAUAAAAUAACCACUGAUUCCAUGCCCUCGUCAACAAAUGUUUUAACACCCAAACCACCACCACGACGCACUAAUCCUUUUAAUCGUCCUGCUCCCCCUUUACCUGGUAGUGUCAAUGGCAAUAAUGGCUUACCGCUUGCUCCCCCAGUAAUGCCAUUUAUAAAUGGUCAUUUCGGUUCAUCUUCGCAACGUAAUACUACUGCGUCUAAUGCCCCUACUGUCAAUAAUAUUCAAACAGGACGUGAAACUAGUCCCUUGCCACCACCAAGAGGCAUAAAUUCAGCACAUGGUUCAACAUCAUCUUUGGCUUCAAAUUCCAAUACUACUACUACUACAUCAAGGAGUGAAUUCUUUAUACCAACUCAAGCAAUUACUCAGCAAUUGCAGUCACAACAACAACCGCAGCAACAAAAACAACAUAACCACCACCACCAUCAUCAUCAUCAGCAUCAUAAUAAUCUCCAUAGUGCCAACAAAUUACCUACUAACACAGUAUUCUUUAAUGAUUUUCAAAAUCACAAUCAUUCAUUGAACUUUAACGAAAUUCACGAACAAUUUCGCCAACUUGUCAUGAAAGAUAUUUUAGAAUAUCAGGCUCAACGUGAAAUAAAAGCCCAGCCUCUUAUUCAAUUGUGAUUUUAAAGAAAUUUGAAAAAAAAAGAAAGAAACAAACAAAGCCUCUUCUAGUAAAACAUACACUUACUUAUACUUACCUAUAAAACGUGUAGUCUAUUACCUUUUGCUUUAUCAUUAAUAUUUUUUUUUUGCUAAGAGCAGAUUUAUCAUUUUUCUUGUCCCUUUAAUUAUUGUGUUUUAAUUUAAAAUCAAAAUUUCAUUAAUUUAAUGUUAUUUAUUUUAAGUCGCUUGGAAAUUAAUGCAAGACGUCCAAUAUGCACACACUUUAAAUAAAUAAACUUAGCGUUAGAUUAUAAAUAAAAUCUUCCUUAAAAGAUUUCUAAAACAAUAAAAUGUUACUAAAAAAAUUUUAAUAAAAAUUAAAAAAAAAAAUA